CCUGAACAGUUCUCGCGCCGCUCGCGUUCCAUUCUCGCGAUAUGUCGCGGUGUUUCCGGUGUUGUGAAUUGUCUCUGGAAAGAUGGCGGUUAGCAUCCGAGCUCGUCCUAUCCGAAGUAUACGGAUGCGAGGUCGGAAUGACAGCGGGGAGGAAAAUGUACCACUGGAUCUCAGCAGAGACCCUAAAGACAACCUGCGAGAGAUUCUCCAAAAUGUGGCCAAGCAGCAGGGUGUCUCCAAUAUGCGCAAACUGGGUCACCUCAACAACUUCAUUAAGCUCCUUUGCAACGUCGGCCAUUCAGAAGAGAAGUUUGGCUUUACCUAUGAUGAGAUCAUCAUCUGCCUCCGAUUGGCUCUGCUUAAUGAAGCGAAGGAGGUGCGAGCUGCAGGGCUACGAGCUCUCCGCUACCUGAUCAGAGACAGCACCAUCCUCCAGAAGGUCCUCCACUUCCAGGUGGAUUACCUGAUUUCCAGGUGCAUUGACAUUCAGCAGAGUAAUGAGGUGGAGCGAACUCAGGCACUUCGGCUAGUGAGGAAGAUGAUCACUGUGAAUGCUCAGCUCUUCCCAAGCUCCAUCACUAACUCCCUCAUCGCCGUGGGCAACGAUGGCAUACAGGAGCGAGACCGCAUGGUGCGCGCCUGCAUCGCCAUCAUAUGUGAACUCGCACUGAAGAACCCGGAGAUCGUGGCUCGGCGUGGUGGACUCAAAACCAUCCUAAAGAAUGUGAUUGACUGCCAACUCAGCCGCAUCAACGAGGCUCUGAUGACCACCAUCCUGCACCUACUGAAUCACCCUCACACACGGCAGUACGUGCGCUCAGACGUGGAGCUGGAGCAAAUCCUGGCACCUUACACAGACUUCCACUACAGACACAAUCCGGAUACGGCAGAGGCACAGCUCAAGGAGGACAGAGAGGCUCGUUUUCUGGCUAGUAAGAUGUCCAUCGUUGCUUCCUUUCGCUCUUGGUCUGGCAUCAUUAACCUCUGCAAGUCAGGCAGCUCCGGCAUCCAGUCCCUCAUCGGUCUUCUCUGUAUACCGAAUAUGGAAGUGAGGAAAGGCCUUCUUGACGUGCUGUAUGACAUUUUCCGACUCCCCGUUCCUGUAGUUACACAAGACUUCAUUGAAGCGCUUCUUAGCGUUGAUCCCAGUAGAUUUCAGGACAGUUGGAGGCUGUCAGAUGGCUUCGUGGCCUCGGAAGCCAAAAUUAUCCUCCCUCAUCGGGCACGGUCGAGGCCUGACCUGAUGGAUAACUACCUUGCACUUGUACUGUCUGCCUUCAUCAAUAGUGGACUUUUAGAGGGGUUGGUGGAAGUCGUGACUAGCAGUGAUGAUAACAUUUCAGUAUGCGCCACCAUCCUCCUCGGAGAACUCUUGCACAUGGCCAAUACCAUCCUCCCUCACUCCCACAGCCAUCACCUGCACUGCCUGCCCACUCUGAUGAACAUGGCAGCCUCGUUUGACAUCCCUCAGGAGAAGCGGCUACGUGCGAGUGCUGCAGUGAACUACCUGAAGCGCUUCCACGAGAAGAAGAAGCGAGGCCCCAAACCCAACAGCCUUUACCUGGAUCACAUCAUCCGCAAGUCAGCUGCAGCCCAGUACUGUCGAGACCAGCACCUACGGCCCCAGAAGGACAUCUACGUCAUUAAGGACACUGAGGAGGCUCUGAUGAUGAAUCUCAGAGACAGUCACAUUCUCAAUCACAAGCAGAACCUAGAUUGGAACUGGGUUCUUAUCGGUACAAUACUAAAGUGGCCAAAUGUCAACCUGCGCAACAACAAAGAUGAACAAAUGCACAAGUUUGUACGGAGGCUCCUGUUCUUCUACAAACCCAGCAGUAAGCUGUACGCCAGCCUGGAGCUGGACCACAGCAAAGCCAAACAGCUGACUGUCGUUGGCUGCCAGUUCAUCGAGUUCCUGCUGGAAUCAGAUGAGGAUGGCCAGGUUUACCUGGAGGACCUGGUGAAGGACAUUGUGCAGUGGCUGUCAUCAUCCUCUGGGCUCAAACCAGACCGUAGCCUACAGAGCAACGGUCUCCUCAACACCCUCAGCCAGCAUUACUUCCUCUUCCUGGGUACUCUCUCUGCCCACCCGAGCGGCGUUAAGUUGCUGGAGAAAUGCAGUGUCUUCCAGUGCCUGCUGAACCUGUGCUCCCUGAAGAAUCAGGACCAUCUACUGAAACUGACUGUAUCCACACUGGACUACAGCCGAGACGGCUUAGCGCGAGUCAUCCUCUCCAAAAUCCUCACUGCUGCGACUGAUAAUUGUAGGCUGUAUGCUACCAAGCACCUGCGUGUGUUACUGCGUGCCAACGUGGAGUUCUUCAGCAACUGGGGCAUCGAGCUGCUGGUCACUCAGCUCCACGACCGCAACAAGACCAUCUCCAUAGAGGCCCUGGACAUACUGGACGAGGCCUGUGAGGACAAGGCAAAUCUUCAUGCACUGAUUCAGCUGAAGCCGGCACUGACUCACCUCGGGGACAAGGGUGUGCUCUUGCUUUUGAGGUUCUUGUCCAUUCCAAAAGGUUUUUCCUACCUCAAUGAGAGAGGCUACGUCACUAAGCAGCUGGAGAAAUGGCAGAAGGAAUAUAACCUCAAGUAUGUGGAUCUAAUAGAGGAGCAGUUAAAUGAGGCUCUUACCACAUACCGCAAACCAGUCGAUGGGGAUAACUACGUACGACGGAGCAACCAAAGGUUGCAAAGGCCAAAUGUCUAUCUUCCUGUGCAUUUAUAUGGUCAGCUUGUGCAUGACAAGACAGGCUGCCAUCUCCUAGAAGCUCAGAAUAUCGUACCUGACCUAAGCUACACUGUGCGAUCCCCAGUGCUGGACACAUGGGAAGGCAUCAAACAACUUAAAGCUGCUCUCUGGGCCUUGGGUAAUAUUGGCACGUCCAACUGGGGUCUGAACCUGCUACAAGAGGAGAAUGUGAUUCCAGACAUUGUGGCUCUGGCCCACCACUGUGAGGUUCUCUCCAUCCGGGGUACAUGUCUGUAUGUACUGGGUCUAAUCUCCAAAACAAAGCAGGGCUGUGAGCUGCUGAAGCUGCAGGGCUGGGACGCGGUUCGACACAGUCGUAGACAGCAGUGGCCCGUGGUGCCUGAUGAGGUGGAGCAGCAGCCCCCGCCUCCACCCACCCUGCUCUCAUCAGUGCCCAGUACCCUCAGCCUCAACUCUGAGUCCACCAGCUCUAGACACAACAGCGAAAGUGACUCCACCCAGCCCAGCAUGUACAUCCUAGAUGAUGAUAAAGAUGGCUCCGAGUUGUCUGAGGAGCAGUCACUGUACAUCAGGCCCAAGCUGCUGAAGGACCGCAGCCCCUUCACAAUCCUGGCAUCCAGCCGCUUUGUGCGCAACCGUUUCAUCAUCUCUUUCUCCGGAAAGAAGCCGCGCAGCACUAGUGACCCUAAAGGUAGCAGCAGCAGCGGCAGCAGUCAUAAGCUAAGUGGAGAGCCCAAGCUGGGAGGCCUGAGGAGGAACCGCACAGUAACAGAACCCUCUGUUUACUCCCCAGGUCAGGGGGAUGUGUUCAGCCCGGUGUUUCCUGACCUGUCCAAGAGCCCGUCAGUCACCCUGGAGACCUCAUUCAUAGGGAGUAAAGGGGAUGAGCAGCAGGAUGGCAUUGGGGAGACGGAGUCACGUCUGCCACGGGUCACAGAGCGCAACAUGGCAGGCGGAGACAUGCAGCGUGAGCAGACCAGUCGUGAGAGGCUGGCAGGUGAUGGACCUACCUCUGGAGGCGGGGCUCAGUUCAAGAGCCGAAGCCAAAGCUUCAACACGGACACGACGACCAGCGGAAUCAGCUCUAUGAGCUCCAGCCCAUCCAGAGAGACGGCAGCAGGCACCACAGACUCGUCCGCCAUCGACACGGACUGUGUCAGCCUGAGCACGGUCGUCAGUGCACAGACCAUCCGGACCCUACACUCACUCACCCCCCAGUCCAAUCACCUCCCCCUUUCCAAAUCCAACUCAGUGCUGCUGGUUCCACCAGGCUCAUCUCACACUCUGCCACGCCGGGCGCAAUCUCUCAAAUCGCCCUCUGUCACCACCAUCACCAGCCUGACGGACUGCAGCUUCAUGUACACAAGCCCCAGGGACGCACUGGGCUAUGCUACGCUCAAGAGGCUUCAGCAGCAGCGCAUCCACCCAUCCCUCUCCCACAGUGAGGCGCUGGCUUCCCCCGCCAAGGACGUGCUCUUCACCGACACCAUCACCAUGAAAGCUGGCAGCCUGGACUCCAGGCUCACACCGAGAAGGUUCCUGAAGGCACUGAGCUUUGCGUCUUUGGAUAAGGAGGACUUGUUGAGCCCCAUCAGUCAGACGACUCUGCAGCGCUCCUCGUCUGUGCGCUCCAUGGUGUCCAGCGCCACCUUUGGCUGUUCGGAUGACUACAUUGGCCUCGCUUUACCCGUGGACAUCAACAACAUGUUCCAAAUAAAAGAGACUCCAUAUUUCCAGAAGAGGACUAGCCCACCUUCAGAGGACAGAUCUGCUAAGUUCUUCUCUGGAGAUUCUGAUGGUUCUGAUGGCUCACGGCACGGCGUACUGAAGUCUCAGCUCAGCAUUACAGAGCUGAUGGCAGUGAGCCGAGCAGAUCAGCAGCAGCUGCUGGGCUCAGAGGAGACGGGUCUGCAGGAACACACAGAGGAGAACUGCCUCUACUGCGUGGGCUGCAAAGUGCUGGGCUAUAACACGCACACCCCCACGCAAAGCCGUUCAGAAUUUGCUGAUGCUCCAUACUCAGAGUGGUGCAGUCAGCCUGUGCACAACCACCUUGAGGUCAUGCCCCACUCCAAGUUCUCCGGAGUGUCUGGGUGUAGUGACGCUGUGUCUCAGGGCUCUGCCGGGAGCACCCGUAGCACAGAGCUGGUUCUAGGAGUUAAGACCAUUCCAGAAGACGCUCCAGCCUGCAGAGUUCUGCUGAGGAAAGAGGUGCUGCGUCUGGUCAUCAACCUCAGCUCAUCAGUAGGAACCAAAGGCCAUGAGACAGGAUUGCUCACGAUCAAGGAAAAGUUUCCAUAUGCGUUUGAUGACAUCUGCUUAUACUCUGAAGUGUCCCACCUGCUGGCUCACUGCAUGUUCAGACUCGCCUCUCGACGCUUUAUCCAGGAGCUGUUCCAAGACGUUCAAUUUAUUCCGCUUUAUGAGGAAGCCGAGAGCAUUUUGUCGAUGCCGUCAAAAUCUGUCACUGUAAAUUGUCCACCAGAGUCCUGAUAUUGUAAAGCCCGUGCUUGCUGUUCCCCCACCCACCCUUCUCCACCCAGACCUCCUCAUUCAUUUUCGCCUGGCCUGGCUGAGACUUUAUGGAAGAUGGAGGCAAUAAGAGGUAACGUGGGAAUAUGGAGCAGGUGGAGAGAAGAGACAAAAACGAUAGAAGGCUGAAAGAGCGUCUGAAGAGGCAUUUGUAGAACGUGUCUGUGGAGAAAAAAAGAAUCGGUACGGCGCAUUUAAGAAAAGAUCAACGGAAACAUACUGCCUGAACAAAACACAAAAAAAAAGCCUGAAAUCAAGACAGAAAUCUGUUUAAACUCCGGCAGUUGGAGUUACAACCAAAAUAUAGCUUUUGACUGACAGUUAUGUGUGUAAAAGCACUGACAGUGUGGUGACAGUAAGAAAACAAAAAUCCACCGAAAGCUGUACAAGAUGCUGAUUUUUUUUUUUUUUUUUUUUUUUUUUAAUUUCUGUCUCAGUUCUGCACAGUCAUCAUGAACGCAUUCAGAUAUGGACUGAAAUAACAAACGCAUGUUUGCUCUUCUUCCCUCUGGAUCCCUCAAGUUUUGAUUUUUAACACUACAAGAUUGUGGUUUGUAUCACUAACUUAAUCCAUGUAUAUAAAGAAAUAAGCAGCGAGCCUGUAAUUGACUUAUUCAUCCAGAGAAAGCCUCAGUUUUUGAUCCACACCCACACGCCCACAUGUGAGACAAUCAUCAGUUAAAGACCCAACCAUCUGUAUGGCAGUAACCACCUUAUCAUUUCUGCUACAUAUUAGGGAUUUAUCUGUUCUGAAGCACUGAAUUAUGAUUCAUAUUUAAGCUUAAACAUGCUCCUCUCACCCACAGUCUGGAUGUUUCUGGGAUAAUUUGAUGUAACAUUAGCAAAAUCAGUUCUUAAUUCACUGGACAAGAUAUGACAAACAUUGUGAAACAAUGUUCCAAAUAUGUUUUCCAGGUAAGGCUGCUUAUUUUCAUCCUUUCCUUUUCAUCCAUUCACUAGGCAUCAGUUCUGCUUUGACUGGCUAGUUUACAGCUACAUCUCUCAUGUAGGUCACUCUGUAGGUGUGCAGUUACUGACUGAAGCCUGUCCCCUCCAUAUUUAUAUAUUACAGGGUUUUUAAAUGCUGCAGUGUCACUGCUGGAUUGAGAAAUACUCCACCAACCAAAAAUCUCCAUCAGUGCUGUAGUCUGAAACUGACCCUGAUGAAGGCGUUGUUAGGAAUACUUACUAGGAGAAUAAUCAACAGUGAGGUGGUGUGAUGAGGCCUGACGUGAAGCAGGGUUACUGUUACCACCUUAGAGAUGUUUAUUUCCCUAUAACGAGAAUGAAACAGAAAAAAAUGAUUCCUCUUAUACCACAGCAUAUUUUUUAUUAAUCGAAGAAUGACAUUUCCAUGUUUUAUCCUUGCCAUGUUAUAGUGUAAACUAUCCUGUUCUGAUCUCUGUCCCGAAGACUUUCUCAUGCCAGAAAACUUUAAGUAAUAGCUUUAAUAACUUUACCUCUGACUGUUACAAAGUGCUGACACUGGAGACUCCUUCCAUAAAUGUUAAAGAAACAUCCCCUUACAGAAAACAUCACCAUUUCAAUGAUUACAAGUUUUUAAUGCGAUUAUGGAUUUGUGAUCAUGUAUUUUAUAUAGAAACCUGAGAUUUUCAGCUGCUGUUAUAGAAAAUUUAUCAGCACCUUCCGACCAAUCAGAUGCGAGAAUUUAACAGGGCUGUUAAAAAAAUAAAAAAAGACGAGCUUUAGCCUCUAACUGAAUACCUACAAGGUGACCAACAAGCUAGGAGUGUGUAAUAAAGUGGCACAAUGUAAUGUAUUUUAAAGUAUUAGCACAUUUAGGAGUUUACUGCUGUACUGAGUCUCCUCACAAAACCACUGUGACAGUUGAGACAGGAGCUCCCUAACUGCAUGUUUAAUAUCGUUUGACAGUCUGCUUCCUUAUAAAUCCUGAUUGUAUCAACUGUCAGACGACUGCGUUUCCAGCUCUACUACUUUAAAAUUCAUUUGAAAGAUUAAAAAUGUCAGUAAUAAUAUCAGAAAGGAGUUCAAAAUUCAAGCAAAUUCAGUGCAAUUUACUGCUGCCACAUUCAUCCAAAGUGACUUGGGCGCAUUCACACCUAUUAGUCUGUGUGCCGAGUCUGAAUCAGAGUGAGGUUCAUACUGCUGGUUUGUUUGCUGUUUUCAACGAACUUUAAUGAACCAAAAAGCAAAUAGAAAAUGUCAUCCGAGGGGAGUGUUGGGCUGAAGCCUUCCCCGUAAAACUCAUUCGUUGAUCAGAAAUACAGGUGACAAAAAAGUGAACAAACAUUUACCCAUUACACACAGAAGUCACAAGCCAGUGCAAAGUAAAUGAUAAAGUACUUAUAUAAAUAACUAGUUUAAAACAGUUCUGAUAUCACAUCCAAUGUUUAUUUUCUCUUUGUGUUUGGCAAACCAAAUCUACAGAACAUGUGGCAUUUCUGCGGCUCUAUAGCUCUUUAUUCAGUUCCUGCAGUCGGGUCAGUUCAGAGUCCGAUCUCUUUCUCACUAGAGUUCACUUGGACCUUGCUCUGAUGCUCUUGGACCCGAGUGUAAUUCUCACCUGUGUAAAGAACUGCCCUUAAGGGAGAACACAUUAGGGGGCUGUUCAAACUGAUUAAACACUGCAAAUGUGAACGUGCCCUUUAAAUUGAGCAGUCAUGGGCAGAAGGUUUUGUCUAAGGACCUAACGGCUGCUUUCUGGCUUCCAAUCUUGCUAACUGAGCCACCUGUUGUUUUAGGACGUUCCAUCUCAGUUUUGUGAGGAGACUCAGUCACAGUAAACUUUCAUACAGGUCAGACAUUCAGGAUGCACAGCAACAAACGAUCAGCAAUUUAACAAUGACUAGAUGAUGGAUUUGCUUGCUUUUGGGGAAAAAAGAAGCAGGUGAAAAAAAACACCAUCUACUGAAGCUUCACUGCUUCACUCUGAGGAGAAGGUUAAGGGUUUUUCCCAAAUCUCACUUCUGGUCACUGUCUUGGAACAUUUCUGUCCACUAUCAUCAGAUGUAAUCAAUAAUAAGUGCAUGUUUGGUGUCCAAAUUUUGUUUCAUUAUUUUUGCAUUAUAGCGAUGAGGCGAAUGUAGCUAAAGGAGGUCCAUAAGUACCAAAUAGCAUCAUGCAGACUUGCUACUCAGCCGUGACCCUGACUGCGAUUGAAAGAUAAACAACAGGAAACACAAUUAAAUUUGUAUAUUCUAAUUGACUAAUGUACAGCAGAGAGAAGUGUAUGCAUGUCUUUUUUCUUCAUUCCCUCUCCCACUAAAUCCUUCAAAAAAACCCAACAGUUCAAAACCAUCUUCCAGCUCUACUCUCUUCCAAAAGUAUAAAAUGGUCUGAUACAUUUCUAUUGAUUAACUUUAGCUGAAAACAAUUAGACUUUUCUGACACGCACCUACACUCUUAAGGAACUUUCCAUUCUAGCACCCGUAAAGUGGUUCUAUCAGUUUGUCACACUGGCAGAACCCUUAAAGGUUCUAUGUGUCCUUCAACAUGGAGUUUUUCUGUGUAAAAGGGUGCCAAGGAAGAUAAAAGAACUCUUAACUAACCAAAAAACCCUCAAGUUUUGUCUGAGUGUUUUUUGGAAUAAUAAGCUAUAAUGUGAGAUGAUGAUGAUGAUGAUGAUGAUGCAGAUGAUGCAGCGUUUGCUAGGUUAACUCCAAUGCUUCCCCACCAUCUGAACAUCUUUAAUCAUUACUUUCAAUGCUCUGAGCUUUUUGCUUUAAAGGGAUAGUUUGGCAAACAUAAUGGAUGAGCCAUGAGACAUGUUUGGCCCCAAAGUUUACUAUAGUUUUGGUCAUGGACAGAAUAUGCAAUAUAAAAAUUCAUAAUGGAACUAUGUACACUUCUGUUUUCAAACUUUGUGACACAGGGCUUAGGGAAAUUAUUGCAUAGUUGUCCAAGAUGGUCACCUCCAUAACAGUUCUGUGUUCAGCUACACUGUGAAGUUUCGUUCAUAUUUAUAGACUGCAGUAAGACUGCUUUCACACUUGGCAUUUGUUUCCUCAAACACUAGUGUACGUUUUACGUGUAAUCCUAUGGAUACGUGGCUGCCUUUAAAAAGCAUGGCCCCUGCCAUUUUUUUUUUUUUGGUCACAGUGAAGCUUCCAAACAAUGCCAUGUGACAUCCAGUCAGGUCAGGAGUACGGGGGUAAGCGAGAUAAAUAAAAUAAAACAUGGAGGACAAAGUGCAGAUGAAAAAAUGAGUCUUGUUAGUGAGUGAAUGUGAGAUUUAUGACACGUUGGAUCAAAAAUAGUUUGUUGCCAAUGUAGGUGAAAAUAACAGCGUAUUUUUUGGGACAUUCACCGGUAUAUGAUAUGACGUCCAAUGUAACUGUGUUGCAUGCAGUCAAGUUACACAAACAGCUCAAAUUCUCUUGAAUUUCUGCCUCUGAAACUACAGACAAACAACCUGCUCAUCACCAGGGUUACACCAAUCUUUAUUUCAUCUGCAUUACUCGUAAUAAUACAGCUGAUCUAGAGAGCAAGCUUGGGCUUGUUAGUGAGAAAAUACUACCUAGACCUGGUGUCAUCAUGGUUACAGUGUGUUGCAUGAGUCACUUUUUUUCCAUAUCAGCACAAAAGGCACUGCAGCUGGUGUGAAAGCAGCCUUAGUCCUUUUAUGUCCUAAAAAAAAAGUGGGUGUGGUUUGAGGCUUGUAUUUACACAGAAUAUUUGUGCAAAGUGUAAAGAAGCAAAAGUCAGACAACCAAUAUGUCUUGAUAUUGAUCUUUUUUAUUAUUAUUAUUAUUAUUCCUUUAAAGCAGGUCCACAGCAUUUGUCCUGGCCAUUACAUAAGCAUGAUGCAAUAAAUAACCCACUCAUGAUGAAGCCACAGCAAUGCCUUUUCUCAUUCUAAUCUUUAAGCUGUUCAUCAGAUAAAGGUUGAUCGUUUAUUCGGUUUAGCCUUUAUCUGUAAUUAUAAAUUUGAGGUAUUGAGAUAUACUUUUGUUCAAUGUGCCUGUUGAUUCCAAAUAAAUUAUUUUGGUGUCAUAA